AUGACCGCUCCAUUCCCAAUUCCAAAGACAACUAGACAGUGGACUGUCGUAGGUGAUAAUGGACUUGAAUCCUUGCAAUACACGGAACAGCCUGUACCUGAACUUGGCGACAGGCAGGUCCUAGUUAAGAUUCGAGGUGCCUCCCUCAACUAUCGAGACCUCCUCAUCAUCCAAGGGAAAUACCCCUUCGACCUGAAACCAGGCGUAGUCCCCGGCUCCGAUGGAGCCGGAACAGUCCUCGCAGUUGGCAAACACGUCACUCGAUUCCAGCCCGGCGACAAAGUCGUCACUAUCAUCAACCAGCAACACCUUGCAGGGUCAAUGAAUGCCAGAUCCCUAAAAUCCGGACUUGGCGGCUCCCUCGACGGCACUUUACGUUCCGUCGGCGCGUUCGAUGAAGAUGGCCUGGUCACUAUGCCUGAGGGAUUGAGCUUCACGGAGGCUGCGACGCUCAGUUGCGCGGGAUUGACGGCGUGGAAUGCGCUGUUUGGACUGGACGGGAAGCGCCCCAUGCCGGGGCAGUGGGUCCUUACUCAGGGUACUGGUGGUGUGAGUCUUUUUGCGAUUCGAUUCGCGAAAGCGGUUGGCGCGAGGGUUAUUGCUACGACAAGCAGCCCGGAUAAAGUGAAGUUUCUUGAAACGCUUGGUGUGGAUAAAGUGAUCAAUUAUCGUGAGAUUUCUGAAUGGGGUUCGCUGGCCAAGGAGUUGACUGGGGGAAUUGGAGUUGACCUCGUGGUGGAGGUUGCCGGUGGAGCGACACUGAAAGAGAGUGUUGCUAGUCUCAAGCUCGAUGGACUGAUCAGCGUCGUUGGUGCUGUUGGAGGCCAGGGAAAGGAGAUACCAAACCUGUUGGAUACUUGGCUUAACCUCUUCACUGCUCGCGGUGUUUGGGUCGGGAAUCGGCUUCAGAUGGAGGAGAUGUGCCGUGCUAUAGAAGUGUCUCCGGACAGACUUCGUCCUGUUGUUGAUCCGCAGGGUUUUACGCUUGAGACGGUUAAAGAGGCGUAUGGGUAUCUGGAAUCGGGGAAAUAUUAUGGAAAAGUCUGUAUUGAAAUUGCAUGA